UAUUAAUAUUCUGGUUGAAGUAAGAAAUGGCAUUAAAACUGUGGAAAUAAUAGAAUACACACGUGUAUAAAGUGAGGUUUGACAAAACAUCACAAUUUAACAAUCUCUAUACCCGACUGCAUUUACAUGUCUAUGAACACUCAAUAAGAUAAUAUUAAAUUUUACAUUAUCAAAAAUGGAUAACAUGCUUUACACAAAUCCAAUAGAAACAGUGCAAUUCAUAUCAAUAUUUAGUUAUUUCAGCGCACUCAGUGAUUAUUUAUUUUUGGAAAAUCAUCUGGCAGAAGAUGAUCAAAAUAAACAAAUACCAGUUAUCAAUGCACUCUUUGAAUAUUUAGAGGUCAAUCGUGAUAAUCAAACAAUGAAACUCAGAUUGGUUAGGAAACUAUUAGAAGGUAGUGAUCUAUAUGGAGAAAAAAACCAUGAAAAUUUGGAUGAAACUUUUGUAAAUGCAAUGUUUGAAUACAUCAUUACUUCCCUGGUAUUUGACAAGUAUGGAAAUGUUUAUGGUUUCUUAGCAGAAGUAGUUCGCAAAACUAAAAAUUUACAAUUAGAUUCUUUGUACGAGGACAUAAAGGCUAAUCUCAGAAGUGCAAAAUUUGAAAACGAGUAUGGCAAGAGUUCGAUUCUUUCUCGAUUAGCAGCAAACAGAAUAUUUACAGAUAUAAUAUUACCGCUAUUUCCACAGCCUGAAAGAAACCUGAAUCUAUUAUCUCUUGACUACAUUUACGCACAAGCUGGACUAAUUUUCCUUCGAACUGGUAAAUCAAAUACUGCCUUUUAUACUGAUUUACAGAAUAUUAAUAGUACUGUUUUUGAUCAUAAAAAUUUAUUUGAAGGAUAUAUGGUAACAGGACAUAUACUUAGAAAUGCACUUAAUAAUGAGAACAUACGUUUCGUCAGUUAUAAAGCUUUUGCUCUUCCAGCUCUUUUUUAUUAUGUUUCUACACAAUACACUGGUAAUGAAAGUAUAAAAGAUAUUGUGUUCGAUCCUAAUUGUUGGAAAGUAGUUUAUGAUGGACUUUUUUCACAUCUGGAUGAAAAUUUUAACAAAAUAAUGAAAACAUUAAACAAUGAUACUAAGUACCAAAUACAUGUCGCAUUAUCAGAAUUUAAGAGUUAUUCGGCAAUAGCUAAAUCUAUUUUAGAAAGUAAUUGCCCACAUAUCAGUAAAGAUGAAAUAAAAUCAAACAUUCAAGAAUAUUUAACUUUUCCUGAACACUUUUAUUGUGGGACUGAUCACGUAUUAUCAAAUUUAACUGAACAAGUUCAUUACCGAAUAAAUAAUAUUAGUAAAACCUUUAAAAUGCAUGAUUUAAAAAUUGUACAGAAAUCUUUCGGUAAAUCAUUGUUAAGAAUUUUAAAAUAUGCUGAUUUAGUUAUACAAUUACUAGCUCCGGAUGAUAAGGUAAUACUUGGUAGAUUUGGUAUCAAUACAAGAAUACCAUAUGAUUUGUUUGUGUUUUAUUACCCUGAAAAUGGCACAGCAGAUUUUUAUGCAUUAAUGCGUGGAGAUUACACGGCGAAAUUAAUUAAAGAAAGUGAUGAUCCUAUCGGUUUUCAACAAAAAACUGGCCUUAAUGUUCAAAUGUUAUUAAGAAAUCGAUAUCAUAGAAUAAAUUUAAAAUCAGUUGAGCAGACUAUGGAUGUAUUUUGGAAUAACUUUUUGAACUAUAAACAAGAAAGGUUGGAAUCAUAUCUUAAAUUUGUUGGCACAGAUGUAUCACUAGGCGAAUGGUGGAAAGAAUUUGGUUUAUCCUUAGUACCGUUUUAUCCAUGCAUAACGAAACCACUAAAUAAAGAAAACGACGAAGAAGUUUGUGUAACCAACAAAACUAAUUUUUUGCAUCAGUGGAAUGAAGAUAAAGUUAAUAAAUUAUUGGCUUACUACGAUACACGAUCUUUAUUAAAUUCAGCAGGUACAACGUUUAAAACUGUACAAGUCUCUUUAACAGUUAACAAAGAAUAUAAAAUUGCAGAAGAAAAUAAAAUUUUAAACGACGUUAUGAAAAAACUUGUGUUACAUAUGGAAGAACCUGGAUUUGAUCUCACCGUCCUGGUUGAAGAGGAUAUAUUAUUAAUACAAACAAUUGUUAAUACAUUAGGACAUAAAAUUAAUAGUUCCUAUACGUCAGUUAUAAAUAAUCUAAAUAAUAUGAAAAAAUUUAAAACAGAUACGUUUAAAUCAAUUAUUUCUUUUGAAAAAGUACGUAAUCAAUAUUUAUUCGUAAAAACUGAAAAAGUCAGAAGCGAUACUGGUUAUGGUUAUAAAUUUAUUUAUUCAUCUGUUAAUCAAACUGUACAAUUACGAACUGAUUAUCAACUUAAAAAACAAAUAUUAGUUUCGCUGCUGAAAAAGUCAUUACAAAAUGAAAAUAUAUAUACUGAAAUUAAUAUGGAAAGUCUUGAACCUGUUGAACCUAAACAUCUCCUGUAUGAAAUUAAUAACCAGCUUCAAUCAAAUGUGACUAAAGUUUGGUUUAAAGGUUUAUUUGUACAUAAUUAUAAUACUCAGAGAUGUGAUAUUAAUAAAUACCUAGAACAUUCAAUACCUUUAACGGAUUGCCCAAGACAUGCGCGUGCUCAGAAAAAAGAACGGAAUCUGGAUGAAGUUAUAACAUUCAUCUUGAAAAAAAGAGCAAAUCUUAUAAAACAAGAAAUAUUGGAAACAAUGGCAAAGUAUACAUUUCCAGAUGAAGGCAGGAUUGAUUUCCAAUUUGUAAAAAAUUGGACAGAUACAGCAGACUUUAAAGUACCUGAGUGGGGCAAAUUUUAUAUAAUAGAUAAUCCUGUUCUUCUAUCUAAAUUAAGGUACAAAUUUCAUCUUGACAGUAAAAAUUUAUCAAACUUCGAUGGUACGUUGAGAAUUGAUUCAAUUUACAGUUUCAAAGAAAGACAAAAAAUUGAAAAUGGUGUAUCCAUAGAAAGAAUAAUUCAAGAUUUUAACGAUCAGGACGCACGUUAUGUUGCCACAUUUGAAGAUUACUAUGCCAUACAAAACUUUGCGACAAACGGAUAUAAAAGAAUAACAGGUGACACGAGUGAGGCGAAACUAAUGAAAACUGCAUUAUAUAAAUUAGCAAUAAGACAAUCAGACGAUCCAAACGAAGAAUUUGACCUUUCAUUAUUUAAAGUUGAAUCGAAACCUAUAGGUAUUAUUGACAAGACAGCAUGUUCUGGACAGAUUAAUUUAAAGAAAUUCACAUAUUUCUCUACAAGUAGAGAAUCUGCCUUAAAAUUGGCUACACUUCCAGCAUACGGGUUUAUAAAUGUUUUGUAUGAAAUUAAAUUUCUCACUCCUUACAUAAGAGCAAAAAUAAUAGAAUUACAUUCAACUCCAGAAUAUAAAGUAAUUCUUUUACCUGGAAGCGAAUUUGAUAUUGAAAAUUGUGAACAAAGAAACAUUGAAGGAUUAGGUAGUGUUCAUGUUAUUCGUCUCAAUUAUGUGCACCGCAAUAAUGAUAAGUACAAUUGGUAUAAAAAUAUUAUGAAAGAAAUUUCUCUUAUUGAUUCUUAAAAAAAACUAUAAAUUUAUUAUUUGUACCAAACUAAUUUAUAUAUUAAUCGCAAUCUCUUUCUUUAGAAAGGAUCUCUUAUAUUUAAGAGUUCAAAUUCGAUAUAUUUUACACUAUGCAGAAAAUGAAUUUGAUUCUGCUUUUCUACAUUUUUAAAUUGAUGUAAAAGUGAAUGUAAUAUACAAUGUUCCAUCAGUAAUGUAAAAAAUGGAUUGUUUUGAAAAAUACAUUUGGUUUUU